UGCGUUUAAGUUUACCAUGGACAAAUUUGACAUAAUUGAGUUAUUAGCACGUGGUCCACUAACCGGUGCCGGUGUAUGGAAAGUGCAACAAAAACAAACCGGCUCAUUCUGGUCGACCAAUAGCCGGGCAAAACAAUUUGCUAUUAAACAGGCUGCCAUUAAAUCACCGGAUGAUCCUGAUAGAAAUUAUAGCCCAUUGAACGAGAUUGAUAUAAUGUUGCAAUUAAGCAACAAGGCCAGAAUUGUUCACCUGUACGAUAAUUGGCAGCAUGGUGAUUAUGUGUAUAUGAAAUACGAGCUAUGUGAUUUUAGUUUGGCCCAGGUGCUCAAUGUUAAAGGGUUUGAGCUGAGUGGCAGGGAUAAAGUUUUUACCAGAGAUGCCCAUGGUCAUGUCGGCCUGGUUGAGUUUGUAGCAUGUUGCUAUUUUUAUCGGGAGAUUAUUAAAUGUCUAGCAGUGUUGCAUGAUGCAAGCCCUCAAAUUACACAUGGUAAUUUGCGUUUGGAUAACUUUUUGGUCAAGUUUGUUGACCGCCGCAGGUUGGUAGUUAAGCUUGCUGAUUUUAGCAAAUCAUCAAGGGUAAUCAACUCUAGGGCUACAAAACAAAUAAAUGAUUUUUAUAAUUUGGGCAUGAUCAUGAUGCAAUUAUUUGAUAUACACGACGGAAACGCAAGCAUACAUUUAAACAACCCUGAUGAUAAAAUACGAAUCGCGUACGAAAGUAUUUGGCGCAUAAUUGAGGAUUUAAUUGAUCAUGGCAACAAGGACAAUUUAUGGACCUGUAGUACAUUGUUAACAGACGCUAACUCGUGGUAUAUUGAUGCUCAAAAUGUGAUUGAUGCCGAUUAAAACUUGUAAAAUAACCGAUAGCCCACUGACCAUCUCCCUUAGCGGUGAACACGGUGAAAUUGCAGCCCCAGCAAUAAUUGCCGGGCGACUCGAGCUCAACCUCCACAUAGGUUUUGCCGACACCACCUGCGCUGACCCGGGCGUUGGGCGACCUGAGGUCAUCGCUGAUGGGCAACACCGCGAGCCCCGUUAUGGUGCGACCCUCGUUGUCACUGUAUUUAGCCACGUAAUCUUUGGACCCGGUGCGUUUGAUUUGCUCUCCGAACAUGAUGCCGUUCAUUUUGCAAGUACCCUGCACCAUUCGCGGUUGACCGUAGUCCCGGUAGCGCCGACCCGACUCUUCCCGAUCCGACCCGAAGAAAAAGUCCCACACCGAGUGAAAUAUCUCUUUGAUCAGGGCAAUUACGCCGACGCCAACACCCUCACUAUAUCACUGACCACAUCAGACCAAUCACGCCCUAGAGUUGAUUACCUAGCAACAUGUUACAAACUCAAUCAGACCGACAUGACCAUGGGCAUCUCUGGAUCAUCCGGUGAUUUAAUGGCAGCCUGUUUAAUAGCAAAUUGUUUUGGCCGGCUAUUGGUCGACCAGAAUGAGCCGUCAACAGAGUUGCUGAUCCGGAAGUUACCUUUCCAGCGGUUGGUCCGCGAGAUCGCUCAGGACUUCAAGACUGACCUGCGGUUCCAGUCGGCCGCUAUCGGCGCCCUUCAGGAGGCCUCGGAGGCGUACUUAGUGGGCCUGUUCGAGGACACCAAUCUGUGCGCCAUUCACGCCAAACGGGUCACUAUUAUGCCGAAGGAUAUCCAGUUGGCCCGUCGUAUUCGAGGAGAGAGGGCUUAAUAGUACUGCCGCCGUAUUCAAGGGGGCCAUCUGUUUGUGUGGCCACACUUUUAACACCCGAUAAUCUGGUGGUCACUCUACCGCCACUCUCUAUCUAUCUAUGUUUUUUCGCAACCCAUACGCCAAACACACCUGUAUUUUCUCUCUCUGUCUCUCUCUUGUCGUCACAUUUUUUUCUUAUAAUUAUUACUAAAAAUUUCGAUUUAGAAUUACAUUUACAUAUAACAGACACAACAUGGUAAACAUUGUUUUUGUUCUGGUAGUGUUAACCACUUGUCCCCCGUUUUUUAUUUAAUUUACUGUCCCUU